AUGGCAAUUCGUCCGGUGUUAGCCUUCUCUACUCUCUUGUCAUUGUUCUUCCUUCUUCCGUCGGUUCAUUCCAAGGACGUCAUCUUGGACAUUUCAGCGGAACCUCAAGAAUCCAUAACUCGAAUCUAUCACGCUGCAAGAGGGAUUUCAUACUACAUUUACACUCCGAAUCUGGGUUAUUCCGUGGUUGAGGUGAGGGAUGGACAAGAGACGCUCUGGAAGGUCGCCAGAGAUGACCAUACGCUCAUGGACGUGGUAGUGCAUAUUAUCAAUGAAAAACCGGUUCUUAUCCGCAUAUUCUCAACAGGAAGACCGUCUUUCAACUUUAAAUACUUUAAAGCAAGACUUGAAGGCCCGGAAUUACUUGCAUGCAGAAGAAGGUCAGAGGGAGAUUGUCUACCAUAUCGUGGCACCGGCAGGAGACUGAGCGCAGACGAGACUGGAGAAUGCAGCAAACACACGACAGGAUUAAUCACGAGAAUAGCUCAUAGAGCCAGGAGGGGAAGUAUAACUAAAGAGAAACAAAGUGACCACCACGAGAGGAUGUCACCUCAUGAAGAAGAACCAGAGUCCCAUAGAGAAAAAUGGACAAGCAUAACAGAGGAAGAGUACUAUCACGAGUAUAAUGAGCUGGAAGUUCCCAAAACUCUCGACCUGAAAGAGCCCCUAGACGAGGAAGUAUUCAGGAAGUGCACCUGGAAACCGUUUGGAGUUAACUCGAGCAUUUACACCCCUCGCGGCAAGUUUGCCAUUGGAAAAAUCACAGAAAGUGAAAGGGUAGUCUGGGAAUCAAAGGGACAUGGAGAAAAAUGCACCUCAUUGGCUGUUUACGGAGAGGAGAAUAACCCGAGAUUUUUCGUCCUCUUCCUCCAGAGAGGGAGCACAAUCAGCAAACUAUACCUUGAAAAGAAGGCCGAAUAUAUCGAGAUUAAUGAGGAUAUAUUUUAUAAAAAAAUUGCCAAGCUGGAAUGGAGAAUGGUAAAGGAACCCAAACAGCAAUGGUGA